UCUUCCAUAGAAUUACCUGAGUGAUCACUCUCCAGGGCAGGCAACAGGAACUUGCCUUUUCAGUUCUGCCUCCAACGGACUUAGGGAAUGAAGGCUGCGGGCAUUUUGGCCCUGAUUGGCUGUCUGAUCACAGGUGCUGAGUCCAAAGUCUACACUCGCUGCAAACUGGCAAAAAUAUUUGCAAGAGCUGGCCUGGACAAUUACAUGGGCUUUAGCCUUGGAAACUGGAUCUGCAUGGCAUACUAUGAGAGUCACUACAAUACCACGGCUCAGACGGUCCUAGAUGAUGGAAGCAUUGAUUACGGCAUUUUCCAGAUAAACAGCUUCACGUGGUGCAGACAAGCAAAGCAACAAGAGAAGAACCACUGUCAUGUUGCUUGCUCAGCCUUGAUCACUGAUGACCUCACGGAUGCAAUCCUUUGUGCCAAGAAAAUUAUUAAGGAGACACAAGGAAUGAACUAUUGGCAAGGCUGGAAGAAACACUGUGAAGGCAGAGAACUGUCUGACUGGAAAAAAGGAUGUGAGGUUUCAUAAGCUGGAACUGGACCCAUGAUGCUUUGCAGUAACUAAGCAGAAUUUGCAAUGAAUGUCAAAAUGUUUGGGCCUCUUGUCCCUUUCCCCUCUAUAUUCCUUCUCAGUGUUGAGAGGGAAAAUUAAGCUAUAUUUUUAAGGGAAUAAAAUGUUUCCAUUUAAAUGCCUUCAC